CGGGCGGCGGCGCAGGAGGAGGCGGAGGAGGGCGGGCGCGCAGGGCCCGGGAGGCGGGCAGCGCUGCACCGCCGCCACCGCCGCCGCAGCCCGGGGCUCGCCAUGCUCCUGGCCUCGGCCGUGGUGGUCUGGGAAUGGCUGAACGAGCACGGCCGCUGGCGGCCCUACAGCCCGGCCGUAAGCCACCACAUCGAGGCGGUGGUGCGCGCCGGACCCCGCGCCGGGGGCAGCGUAGUGCUGGGUCAGGUGGAUAGCCGUCUGGCGCCCUACAUCAUCGACCUGCAGUCCAUGAACCAAUUCCGCCAGGACACGGGGACCCUCCGACCAGUUCGACGAAAUUACUACGACCCGUCUUCGGCCCCAGGGAAGGGCGUGGUGUGGGAAUGGGAGAAUGAUAAUGGCUCGUGGACACCCUAUGACAUGGAAGUGGGCAUCACCAUUCAGCAUGCCUAUGAGAAGCAGCACCCUUGGAUCGAUCUCACCUCCAUCGGCUUUAGCUACGUCAUUGACUUCAACACUAUGGGCCAGAUCAACCGGCAGACCCAGCGCCAGCGCCGCGUCCGGCGGCGUCUUGACCUCAUCUACCCUAUGGUCACUGGUACCCUGCCCAAGGCUCAGUCCUGGCCGGCCAGCCCUGGGUCAGUCGUCUCGCCCCCUGCCCCGCCUUGUUCCUGCCCACAGUGUGUCCUGGUGAUGAGUGUGAAGGCAGCCGUGGUCAAUGGGAGCACCGGGCCCCUGCAGCCAUCAGCAGCCCGCAAGAACAUGCCCCCAUCUGGAGCAGUCAAGCUGCCCCCACCACCAGCCUCAGGGGCCAAACCGCUGGAUGGCACAGGCACCAUCCGUGGCCCUGUGAAAAUUGUCCCAUCCCAGAUGAGUCGGCGACAAGUCUCCCACACACCGGCUGGGGCAACUGCCGGCUCUCCUGCUAGCCCCCCAGGAGCCAAUGGCAAGACUGGAAGAGUGGCCUUGGCGACCUUGAAUCGGACCAACCUGCAGCGGCUGGCUAUUGCCCAGUCUCGAGUACUGAUCGCCUCUGGAGUUCCCACUGUCCCCGUGAAGAACUUGAAUGGCUCCAGUCCUGUCAACCCUGCCUUGGCAGGAAUCACUGGGAUCCUUAUGAGUGCAGCAGGGCUGCCUGUGUGUCUCACCAGACCACCAAAGCUGGUUCUCCACCCACCCCCCGUCAGCAAGAGUGAAAUAAAAUCCAUUCCAGGUGUUUCCAACACAAGCCGCAAGACUACCAAAAAACAAGCCAAGAAAGGUAAAACUCCAGAGGAAGUGCUUAAGAAGUACCUGCAGAAAGUCCGGCAUCCACCAGAUGAGGACUGCACCAUCUGCAUGGAGCGCCUCACAGCCUCCUCGGGCUACAAGGGCCCUCAGCCGACCGUCAAGCCUGACCUGGUAGGAAAGCUGUCUCGUUGCGGCCACAUCUACCACAUUUACUGUCUGGUCGCCAUGUACAACAAUGGGAACAAGGAUGGGAGUUUGCAGUGUCCGACCUGUAAGACCAUUUAUGGGGUGAAGACAGGUACUCAGCCUCCGGGGAAGAUGGAGUACCACCUCAUCCCUCACUCCCUGCCGGGCCACCCGGACUGCAAAACCAUCCGCAUCAUCUACAGCAUCCCGCCUGGCAUUCAGGGCCCAGAACACCCGAAUCCUGGGAAGAGUUUCAGCGCCCGCGGCUUCCCACGUCACUGUUACCUGCCAGACAGCGAGAAAGGAAGAAAAGUUCUGAAGCUGCUGCUGGUGGCCUGGGACCGCCGCCUCAUCUUCGCCAUUGGUACCUCCAGCACCACAGGCGAGUCAGACACUGUCAUCUGGAACGAGGUCCACCACAAGACAGAGUUUGGCUCUAAUCUCACUGGCCACGGAUACCCAGAUGCCAAUUACCUGGAUAAUGUGCUGUCCGAACUGGCUGCCCAGGGCAUCUCUGAAGAUAGUGCUGCCCAGGAGAAGGACUGA